ACAUUAAAUCCAAUUAUGCAAACAAAGUCUCGAAACAAUAAAUAUCGUAUCACGCACACAACGAUUAAUAUUCUAAACCUAAAGUAGAACCAAUCACAAGCAAAAUGUCAAGAUUGAAUCUCUUCGCUACAAUUUGUGCUGCGUUAUGCUUCACGUUGGCCGAAUCGAACUCUGUAUCUAUGGUUGAUCUAUCAUCUUUGCUGCAAUAUCCACCGUAUUACUCCGCUUUGGGAUACAAUAGGCCUGCAUCUCUCAGCGAUUCUGAAUACCAACAAUUAGUGCGGAUUUCAGAACAAUAUAACGUCAAUCUAUCGGAUUUAUAUCAAUUAUACGAUUUAUCGUGUUAUAAUUUACCAUCUUGUAGCGACGAUGUUUAUAUCAAUAUGAUCCAACAGUUUGCUGAAGCGAUUGAACUUGAACGAAUGCGCAGAGGAUUACCUUGCAAUCGUUAUUUGCUUCGUUCAUCUACUUCAUCACCACUGGUCAACCCACUAAUCAACUCACCUGUGGUAUUGGCAAGACGUGACAUGAUGGAUACUAUGAAUAAUUUAUACAAUCAAGGCUCCGAUGCUGCCAGUACACUUUACAAAAAUUUAUACAACAUGGCCGAUUAUGCAAUUUCUAAACCGACACAAGCGUUCCAAAAUCAGAUCAGCGAUAUCGUCAACGAAUAUACCCCUAAUGAUUUAAUGGAUAAGGCUGAAAACUUCGCUUCUCGAUUGAACGAAAGUAUGAAAUACAUGAUCCCUGGUUACUGAUUCAUCUCUUCGUUUGCCAGUGAAAUAGAUGUUCAGUGAAAUGGAAGACCGAUUAUAGAUAUGCUUUUAAAACAACAACAAUUAAUAUUUUCAUCUCAAUCUCACGACCUAUGUCUUUCCUUGAAUCCAUAGAAUAGUAUAAGUCUACUACUACAUGUAUAAUGUGUUUUAUUAGCAAAAUAUGUACCUACCUAAUAAAAUAUCUAAUAAAUAUGCUACCGAUUUCAAGAUAGAAAUCAUAGUUGAUUGUUAUGUUUCCUAUCUUUUAAAUGUUUUUUUUCAAUAAAAUGAUCAUUUCUUUGGCGUUGCA